CCCUAGGCACCCAAUGCCUUUUGCUGCUAAAAACAUGUUUUAUGAUGAACGUUGGAAAGAGAAGCAGCAACGAGGUUUCACAUGGUGGUUAAAUUUUGUACUUACCCCUGAUGACUUCAGUGUAAAAACAAACACCUUACAAGUAAAUGCAGCUGCUCUUAUCUUGGGAGAAGAGAACCAUCAUAAAACCAGUGUUCCUAAAGCACCAACAAAAGAUGAAGUGUCUCUAAAAGCUUACACAGCUCAUCGUAAGCUGAAUAAGUUACGACGUGAUGCUUGCCGUUUGUUUACAUCUGAAACAAUGGUUAAAGCUAUUAAGAAGCUAGAAGUUGAGAUCGAAAGUCGACGUUUGCUAGUUCGUAGAGACAGACACCUCUGGAAAGAUGUUGGAGAGAGGCAGAAAGUCCUUAACUGGCUUUUAUCUUACAACCCUUUGUGGCUACGUAUAGGCCUGGAGACUGUUUAUGGAGAACUGAUAGCUUUGGAGAGUAAUAGUGAUGUUAUGGGUUUAGCAAUAUUUAUCCUUAAUCGCUUGCUUUGGAACCCUGACAUUGCAGCUGAAUACAGACAUCCCACUGUGCCUCACCUUUACCGAGAAGGUCAUGAAGAAGCUUUGUCAAAAUUCACACUGAAAAAAUUGCUGUUGCUAGUUUGCUUUCUGGAUUGUGCCAAACGGUCCAGAAUCAUUGACCAUGACCCUUGCCUCUUCUGUAAGGAUUCAGAGUUCAAG